UGGUGUGCGUUUCAGUCUCACAUGCUCAGUCAUUACUGUGAUACUUAUUUAUCACCCCUUAUUAGAGUCUUAGUAGCCCGCCAGCGUAUUUACGCAGUGGGUGUUACCAUUCCAUUAUGAUCCUUAAAAAUAUUAUUUAAUUGAUGAAAGUGUGUAUUGUGGUGUAAAUGCUUUUUCCAAUUUCUAACCAUAAAUUAUUUUUUAUCUAAAAUUUCUGUACAUAGAUGGUGUAGAAUAGUGUCAUGUAUGACAUUGACAGUUUGGUUGCGACACUCCUUCAUAUUUCAAAAUCAAAACAAUUUAAAUUCAGAAAAUCGUUACUUGUAGUCAACAAAUACAGUUGUUUUAAUGUUAUUAUCGGAUUUUAUUUAAAUAAAUAGUGCCUGCCAGUUUAUUUAUCAAUAAUGAGCGUUAUAGAGGAUGUCUGGAACUUCCAGUUUGAUUUACAUGAUAUUGAGAAAGAAAAUUUUUCUGAAUUUAAUUUGAAAGUUAAUAAUAUGAAUGAGCAUAUCAUCAAGCUUCUUGAUGAUGGGUUUAAAAGUCCAACUUAUAAUUACAAUGUGAAUAUGGCUCAACAUCACGAUGACGAUGAACUUAAAAAUCUCAUAGAUAAAAAUAAACAACUUCGGCAAGAUAUUGAGGUAAAAUUGGAAGAAAUUGCACGACGUCAGACACGUUAUGAACAAUGUAAACAAGAUCAAAAACUUCUUUCUCAAGAAAUAAAAGAAACACAUGAAGCAUUUUUGAUGGCUAAGAAGUAUUAUAAAAAGUUUCUAAAGAUGUAUUAUACCAUUGAGUCCAGAAGCACUGAGAAACUAGUAAUUUUUAUACAAUUCUUUACUGAAAACAAAAAGGAUUCUGAUAAUUAUUCCUUAAGUUUAUCACGUGAUUCUAAAUCAGGAAAUUAUGAUUUACUAAAUGUUACACCUAAGUUACCUAUAUUUAAAGAAGUGCAAAAGAAAUUCAAAGAAACAAAUGACCUACCUGGUGCACUCUACUGCAUAAGGCAAGCCUUUGUUCAUAUAAGAACAAGUAAAAAGUAAUAAAUAAUAUUAAUUGUAUAUUGAAAUAUUAUAUAACUGAAAUUAAGCUUUUUUUUUCUAUAUUGUACCUAUAAUCUAACAUUACUCAGAAACAUAUUAGAAGAAUAAUUUACACAGAAGCAAUUAAAAAAAAAACCUUUUAUGAAUUAGUUUUUUUUUUUUAAUUUUUUCAAGAAUUGCAUAUAAUUUUAUAUAAAAUACAGUGUCAUUUCUUGAAAACAUUGUUUGAAACAUUGUAUCUAUUGUGAUUUCAAAUAUUUAGUAAUUUAAAAAAUGGGUAAUGGGUAUUUUUCCACAUCAUUUGCCAAAUCUAAACUAAAUGUUAGUCUAUGCUGAAACUGAUUAUAAGAAUUAACGAGAUAAUUUAAUUAAAAUAUGACCUAUCUUUGUCAAUCUUGUAAAAUUUGUUCAAAAUUGCAAAAUAUGUGGUUUCAGUUUAGUCUAUGCCAUACAUGAAUAACAGUAAUAGAUGAUCUAAAAUACCUAUUUCAAAGGUAUCCACUUAUAAACUGUCAUAGGUAAAAGUUUUUGUGUAUUAUAGUACACUAAUGAAACCAUCCAAAAAUAUAUUAAAAUAUAUGUAAAUUUAUUUGCAACCAUGUAAAAUACUUAUAUUACUUAAAUGUUAACAAAAUUAUACAAUUCCAUAUUGAGGUAAUAUCUUUCCUCUCAUCCUAAAUUUAUCAGUUUAAAAAGUUACAUAAUAUUUACUAUUAUACUUUGUUAAUUUAUAAUUAUAUCCCUACUUUGGCAUCAUUAUUAGCCAAGUUGAUACAUAGAAACCAUUGACAUUUUAGUAUGACAUAACCAUAGUACCUACAUCUGAUAAUGUAACUAAAACAGACCUCUGCUCUAACAAAAUAAUAUACAAUAAAUUAAAAAUGUAAACUAUUAAAUAAUCGGGUUCAAGCAAUAAUUAGAUAAAUAGGUAUUACAACCAUAAAACCAUUAUAUUAUUGUAAUAAAGAAUAACAGAAAAUAAAUAGUUUUGCAAAUUGAAACUGUAAGGUUAAGAAAGUGCCUGUUUAUUAUGCAUUUGAGUAGUUUUAUUUCCAUCACUCAUGUAAAAAUUAGCUAUUUAA